UCGCAGUUGUUAGAGGCAAGGGGGCACUGCAAAACGAUGGCAUCGUUUUCUCAUGAUAAUUCCAUUACGUGCAAGUGUUCAUCGGCGCUCGGGGUCUGCUAUAUAAGUGAGAAGAUUGCUCACUUCCCCACUUCGGCAGUGGAGAACCUACAACAAUGCACUUCCUGCAGUUGCUCGCCGGCUUGCUGGUGCUUCACCAGAUCAGUGCCUCAGCAUUGAGGCUGACUGGGAUGAAGACAUCGGCCCAAAUGAAGGGCGCCCCAGCUGACAUGAAAAUGAAGACUGAUAUGAAAAUGAAGUCUGAUGUUGACAUGAAAAUGAAGUCUGACGUCGAUAUGAAGAUGAAAAUGAAGAGUGCACCUGCCGACAUGAAAAUGAAGAUGAAGAGUGCCCCAGCUGACAUGAAAAUGAAGGCCGAUGCCGAUAUGAAGAUGAAAAUGACGAAUGCCCCAGCUGACAUGAAAAUGAAGUCUGACGCUGACAUGAAAAUGAAGGCCGAUGCCGAUAUGAAGAUGAAAAUGAAGAGUGCCCCAGCUGACAUGAAAAUGAAGUCUGACGCUGAUAUGAAAAUGAAGGCCGAUGCCGAUAUGAAGAUGAAGAUGAAGAGUGUCCCAGCUGACAUGAAAAUGAAGAUAAAGAGUGCCCCAGCUGACAUGAAAAUGAAGUCCGACGCUGACAUGAAAAUGAAGGCCGAUGCCAAUAUGAAGAUGAAAAUGAAGAGUGUCCCAGCUGACAUGAAAAUGAAGUCCGACGCUCACAUGAAAAUGAAGGCCGAUGCCGAUAUGAAGAUGAAAAUGAAGAGUGUCCCAGCUGACAUAAAAAUGAAGAUGAAGAGUGCUCCAGCUGACAUGAAAAUGAAGAUGAAGAGUGCCCCAGCUGACAUGAAAAUGAAGAUGAAGAGUGCCUUAGCUGACAUGAAAAUGAAGGCCGAUGCCGAUAUGAAGAUGAAAAUGAAGAGUGCCCCAGCUGACAUGAAAAUGAAGUCUGACGCUAACAUGAAAAUGAAGGCCGAUGCCGAUAUGAAGAUGAAGAUGAAGAGUGUCCCAGCUGACAUGAAAAUGAAGAUGAAGAGUGCCCUAGCUGACAUGAAAAUGAAGGCCGAUGCCGAUAUGAAGAUGAAAAUGAAGAGUGCCCCAGCUGACAUGAAAAUGAAGUCUGACGCUGAUAUGAAAAUGAAGGCCGAUGCCGAUAUGAAGAUGAAGAUGAAGAGUGUCCCAGCUGACAUGAAAAUGAAGAUAAAGAGUGCCCCAGCUGACAUGAAAAUGAAGUCCGACGCUGACAUGAAAAUGAAGGCCGAUGCCGAUAUGAAGAUGAAAAUGAAGAGUGUCCCAGCUGACAUGAAAAUGAAGAUGAAGAGUGCUCCAGCUGACAUGAAAAUGAAGAUGAAGAGUGCCCCAGCUGACAUAACAAUGAAGGCCGAUGCCGAUAUGAAGAUGAAAACGAAGAGUGCACCUGCCGACAUGAAAACGAAAAUGAAGAGUGCUCCAGCUGACAUGAAAAUGAAGGCCGACGCCGAUAUGAAGAUGAAGUCCGAUGCUGAUAUGAAGAUGAAGAUGAAAAUGAAAGAAUCACCAGCUGAGAUGAAAAUGUAUGGCGCAGGAGCUGCAUAAACGAUUGGAAUUUGGAAUGCAACCAGACUUAUAAACGGAUACCUAGUUGAUUUCGGUUUUGUAACUGCUUUUGGGUGCUCGGUCUUUGGUAAUGGAUAG